AUUGCAGUAGUAAAAAAUGGAAACUUUUCUAUUCAACCUCGAUUAGCACAUACCGCAACUUUGACUUCGGACAAUAAUGAAAUUAUUAUAAUAGGCGGAAAUUCGAAUUAUAAUUAUAAUCUAACUACUGCCACACCAGUUUUCGUGUCACUAAAUAUUACGACUGAACCUUACGAAUAUUCAAAAUUAAUUACUACCGGAGAUAGCCCACCUUCAUUAGCAGUUCAUACUGUCAAUUUAUAUCAGAACUAUAUGAUUGUUGCUUUUGGAAAUAUAACUAAUAGUGCAACGCCGCCAACAGAGAUUAACUCCCGCAUUUAUUUAUUAGAUAUGCCUUGCAAAGUAUGGGUAACUACUUUUACGCCUGGUAAAUCAAUAUGUAGCAUACCAAGUAAUGUUACGAGUAGUGAAUCGAGUAAUGGUCCGAGCAGUGGAUCGAGUAAUGGUCCGAGUAAUGGUCCGAGCAGUGGAUUGAAUAUUGGUGUAAUUAUUUUUGUUACUAUUUUCUUUAGUAUAG